CAGAUAACGACCACAAAUUAUCUUUUUAUCUCCUUUUUGUCCAAAGAAAUAGUCAUCUACUCCUGCGAUACCCUCUUUUCGCCAUCCCAUUGCCGCUGUACACCAGCCGCUAUGUUCAUUCCCCGCCAAGAAGUCCCAGCUGUGCAAUAUGAAUCCCCCGAAUCCCAAAGCUCCUCUUCAUCGUCAUCAGCGACAACAAACAUAACUUUUAUUUCAGCGUUCUCCAAGAUAGACCCAUCGACAAAUAACAGAAGCAUGGACAGCCCCAUGGCAGGCAAUGGAGAAAAUGGUGAGGUUGGAGAAGCGUCGGGAUCUAACCAGAAUGGAGACAAUGCUUCAGAGACUGCGCAAGAGCGUCGUCGAAUUGUCAGAGGAAAAACUGGUUGUAUAACAUGCAGACUACGGAAGAAGAGGUGUGACGAGGCAAAGCCAAUUUGUGCGACAUGUUCUCGGCUGGGAAUCGAGUGUAUGGGUUAUGGCGUAAAGAGACCAAAAUGGUUGCGAGAAAAAGAUAAUGCGCAAAAAGCCAAGGAACACAUCAAAGCAACCGUUAUGAAGAGGUCGAUGGCACGGGGCCAAGGCGCUGCUCCUGAACAUGAGGACAUCUACAUGUAUAACGGCGAUGUCAACUUGUCUGCCUCUACAGAUACGGUAAUGAACAAUAUAUGGGGAGGAGAGGAUAAUAUGGUUGGCGCGGAGAUGGCCGAUACAUACGACUGGGGCCCACCUGGUUCAGCAGCUGAUUUCCUCCAAGCUAUCAGCCUCGCUCCUUCUAUCCCCGUCCCCCCACUGGAUCCAAGAGGCAAUACAGACAGCACAAUAAACUCUGUUGAUGCUUUUUCAUUACCAUUCUAUGCCCCAGGGCCUGAUCCAUCGAUCUUCCCACCUGCGCCUGCUACCAAUAUGACAGUAGUCAAUGCGAAUGGGUCCGCCGAUACAAGAGGAGAAGGCAACGAUGACGAGCUUGGCGAUUUAUGGACCUCCUUAUUUGGGCAGACUUUUCCUGCGUCAUGGGGAAAUGUCCCUUCACAAGGCCUUCCUUCUCUGACACCAUCACCAACUCAAUCCAACCAACCAUCGCCGUUCUUUGCUCUUCCCUCUCCAUUUGCCGACCUCGGCUUGACGCCUCCCCCUCCUCCGGCUCAACGGAAUCCAAAAGACCUCAGCUAUCUCAACCAUUAUCUUAAAGUCGUCCUUCCCAUGCAAUACAGAAUCAUGGGUAUAUCCGUUCUCAUGGGCGAUUUCGUCGCCCCUCUCGCACUGUAUCAUCCAGAGGUCCUCGCUAGUGUGUCUUCCCUCGCUGCCCUGCAUCUUGUCUCCCAAAGAACGAAGCAUCGUAAUCGCAUUUUCCCUACAGAUCCUUCUAUCAAUUCCCCGUCCAUCAUGACUACCGGAAGCGGCGCUUUCCGUGUCGGGUCUGCCAGUCUAACGGAGAUAGGUGAUGAUGAGGCGAUUGUGGCAACUGCGGCGCAUCAGCGCUCCAUUGAGAGACUCAGAUUCCUAUCGCCGCAAGAGUUGACAGCCGGAGAUGUCAUUAUUUCCGUACUCUUCGCGAUCUCGUACCACCUCUUCUCGGGAGGGACAUCAAAGCAUCUCAAAGAGAUGCUGGCCAUUUCUCAGCGGUGUUUAUCAGCGGCGUUGGCGUCCUCUCCAGAGCUUUCCGAGGAUGGUAUCAGAUCAAACCCUUCGCCCGCUCGACAUACCCCUUGGAAAAAAUACCGUCACCUCAUCGAACACAUGAUCUGGACCGACGUGAUUGCCUCCGUCUCCCAAAACAAAGCCUCGCGUCUACUUCCUACUUAUCGACGUAUUCUCAUCCAUUUCCCGGCAGAUACUCCUGAGACUGCAGAGUCAAUGAUUCUGAUGGACAAAGUCAUGGGAUGCGAUAGCACAACGUUACUGGCGUAUGCUGAAGUUGUUGCGCUUUCCGAAUGGCGUGAAAGGGUUGAAAGAAUGGGAUGUCUGUCGUUGAAAGAGCUGUUAAGACGAGGAGCGGCGAUUGAAAAGCUGUUGGAUGAGAGAGCAUGGAGAGAAGCCCAUCUUGAACGACCAAGUAGUCCGCCUCUGAAUAGGGAAGGGCCUAGUGAUGAUUUGAGAAGAGUCAUGAGCGAUGUGUUUUAUGGAGCUGCCAAGGUUUUGUUGGCUAGCGUGAUUAAUGGGCCAUUUCCUCGAGUGCCUGAUAUUGCAGGAGGUGUCCAAGACACUCUCGAGGCGCUCAGCCGCCUUGAUACCGAGCACCAGGAUUCAGGACACAACAUUCAUCGUGCGCUUGUGUUACCCAUCACAAUCGCCGGAUGCCACUGUGAGACACCUGCCCAACAAGCCUUCUUCCGAAACUGUUUUGAACGAUUGGGUCCCGAAGCUAAGGCAUUUGGGAAUACCGGCCCAGCAUUAGAGUUAAUGGAGGAGGUAUGGAGAAAAAGAAGUAUGGCAGAACCGUAUGCCAAAAUUUGUAUGAGGGACACUAUGAAAGAAAUGGGCUGGGAAGUGGAGUUAUUGUUGAUUUAGACCUGUGUGUCGUUA